AUGCAGUUCUGGGGAUACAAGUUUGAAACGUUGUCGACUCUGCCAGCGCCUUGGGCAGAAACGUCCCGCGACUUUAUCGAGAAUCGAGAGAACGAAGUCGUUAACAAUAAAGCUCAAUAUUGCUCUGUUGUCCGCACGGGUAUCGGUAAAUCUGUUCUAUGUCUUGGUGGCGAAGUUGAUGCCAUCUGGGAUUCCAAACCUGAAGAAAAGGGCAGCCCCAUCAACUGGGUUGAGCUCAAGACAUCAGCCGAGAUUCGCAAUGCGGGUGGUAUGGAGAACUUCAAACGAAAGCUCAUGAAGUACUGGAUACAAUCAUUCCUUCUUGGUGUGCCGCGCAUUGUUGUCGGUUUUCGCACGCAGGACGGCAUUCUGGUCGAGGCAAGGGAGAUGGAAACGCAUCGUAUUCCCGAUAUGGUCAAUGCCGACCCAAAUCCCAAAUGGAACGCCGAUAUGUGUGUCAACUUUGCCGCCACUUUCUUAGAGUGGCUAACAGAAAACAUAAACGAUGAGGGCGUUUGGAGAAUAAGACGCGAGCCUCAGUCACCGACAAUCGAGCUAUUCAAGGUGGAGGAGACAGGUCACGGCGAUAUCUUAUCUGAUGAGUUCAAGAAUUGGAGAAUCAAGUUGGCUCUUGGGCCCAGCGAUGCUUCCUGA